UCGAAACCCGCAAAAAUGGCGUCGUCUCCCGCCACCCCCCUCGCCCCUCCCCGCCACCUCCUCCUCGUCCUCCGCGGCUGCACCUCGCCCCGCGCCUGGGCCCGUGUCCGCGCCGUACGCGGGGAUGGCGCCGGCAGUGGUGGGGGUGGUGGGGGAGGGUCGUACCUGGACAUGUGGAAGAAGGCGGUGGAGAGGGAGCGGCGGUCGGCGGAGAUCGCGCACCGGCUGCGGCAGGCGUCGACCGCGGUGGAGGAGGAUGGGAGGAGGGGGGCUGCGGCGGGCGACGGCGACGGCGACGCGGAGGGGAGGAGGAGGACGGCGCGGUUCGAGGAGAUGCUGCGGGUGCCGCGGGAGGAGCGGGACCGCGUGCAGCGCCGCCAGGUCAUCGACCGCGCCGCGGCGGCGCUGGCGGCGGCUCGCGCCGUGCUCAAGGACCCGCCGCCCCCGCCGGCGCCGCUCCCCGCGCUGCAGCAGCAGCAGCCGGCGGAGGAGGCCACGGGCGAGGUCGGAUCGGGGAAUGGGCUGGGUUCGCGUACGGCUCCGGGGGAACCGGAUCAGGCUUCCCGGCCGCCGGCGCCGGUGACAGAGGCGGCGCAGCCGGCGAAAGUGGCAGACACUGGGGAUUCAUCUCCUUUCAAGCAGUCAAGUUCCAAGCUUGGUACUCCAGGUCCAGAUUUUUGGUCCUGGUUACCACCAGUGGAAAAUAGCGCUAAACUAGGAGAAAUUGAUACUGGUUUAAAACCAUCCAAGAAAAUGGACUCCUUUUCAAGUCAGCCUGAUCUGCUAAUGGAAAAGGAGCAGUCAGCAGACAUUUUAUCACUUCCAUUUGAGACCACUUUCUUCAAGAAGGAAGACCGAUCUCUUCCUCCCUUCCAGUCAUUUGCUGAGCCUGAAAAUGUGGAAUCUGAGCCCAAUCUUACUGCUGAUGCAGAGGAGACGUUUGAAGAACAAUUUUCUAAAAAUGCAGCUGAGGCAGCUAGAGCACUUAGUGCAAGCGAUGAGAAGUCAUCACAUGGGGUACAUCCAGAUGGUUCACUGUGGUGGAAGGAGACAGGUGUAGAACAAAGGUCUGAUGGUGUAACUUGCAAGUGGACUGUAAUUAGGGGAGUUAGUGCUGAUGGAGCUGUUGAAUGGGAAGACAAAUAUUGGGAGGCUUCAGACCGGUUUGAUCACAAAGAAUUAGGUUCUGAGAAGUCUGGCCGUGAUGCUACUGGCAAUGUUUGGCGGGAAUACUGGAAAGAAUCUAUGUGGCAGGAUUUCACCUGUGGUGUUAUGCAUAUGGAGAAAACUGCAGACAAGUGGGGAAAGAAUGGUAAAGGAGAGCAAUGGCAAGAGCAAUGGUGGGAGCAUUAUGAUUCAAGUGGCAAAGCUGAGAAGUGGGCUGAUAAAUGGUGCAGCUUGGAUCCAAAUACACCACUAGAUGUUGGUCAUGCUCAUGUUUGGCAUGAAAGGUGGGGCGAGAAGUAUGAUGGCUGCGGAGGUAGUGUAAAAUACACUGACAAAUGGGCUGAACGAUCAGAAGGGGAUGGGUGGUCGAAGUGGGGCGACAAGUGGGACGAACAUUUUGACCCGAAUGCCCAUGGAGUGAAGCAAGGGGAGACCUGGUGGGAAGGCAAGUAUGGGGACCGGUGGAACCGCACCUGGGGUGAGCAUCACAACGGCACCGGUUGGGUGCACAAGUAUGGCAGGAGCAGCAGUGGCGAGCACUGGGACACACACGCCCCGCAGGACACCUGGUAUGAGCGAUACCCGCACUUCGGGUUUGAACAUUGCUUCAACAACUCGGUGCAGCUCCGGUCUGUGAAGAGGCAGUCCUCAAGAAACAUUAAACCCGAAAAAGAUUAGAUAUUUAGAAGCAACUCAGUUGCAUUCAUAACAGAUAGCUGGCUACAUGCCCAUCUUUCAUUUUUGAUCUUGCUGAAGAGCCCAUGCUUGUAAAAUAAGAUAGAAUGGCCGAUUUCAGCUCUUGUCCUGGUACAGUGCUAUUCCUGAACCGAGCUAUGUUUCCAAAGUCCAUUAGCUACAGAGCAAUAAAAAUGAUUCCUGCUCUUAGUAUCUGCA